AUGGACUUAGUUUAUCGCGCAACUUGCAGAACCCAACUGACCAAACUCUGCAAUGCGGUAGAAGGCCAAUUAAGGGCUGCUGCAGAAGGUGAAGUCGAUAAUUUGGUGGAAGCCCCUAAUAAUUAUCUUCAGCGUAUAAAAAACGUUCACGAAAAAUCAAAAAGGGUAGAUGAAGCGACAUUAGCAGUCUUUGGCGAUGACGAAAAAGAAAGGGAGCUGGAAACGGUAUUUGAGUAUGACGACAAAGCUGUAAGCAUUAUAGCGAAACUGGAAUUUAAAUUACAGCGUUUGUCAGCAGCGGAUUCUCGAAAGAUCCAAGAAUCGGCCAAUGGCGGUGAGCAUGCCGAUUAUCGAGGAGCAAAACUAAAGCCGAUGGAGCUCAAGAAAUUUGAUGGAAAAUUGGAAAACUGGUUACCCUUAUGGGAACAAUAUAAGCACGCUAUACACGAAAAUCCAAAAUGGGACGUAGCCUCGAAAUUUAACUACUUAUGCGAAGCCCUCGUAGGUAAGGCAGCAUCGACUAUAGCGGGAUUUAUGCCAACGGAGAAUUGCUACAAAGAUGAAAUCCAACUUCUGCUUGAAGAAUACGGCGACAAAGACAAAAUGAUCGAGAAGUAUAUACAAAAGCUUCUGAGCGUAAAAAUGGUACAUUCAGCGAGUGAUGUGAAAGGUUUGCGGUUCUUGUAUAAUGAAACAACAUCCACAAUGAGAUCGCUCACUGCAUUGGAAGUUCCCUCGUCGCAGUACAACAUAAUGGUAAACUCAGUUCUUCUGAAAGCUAUACCUGCGGAGUUGGGCAUUGAGUUUCAUAAAUCAAAAGGGAGAGCCUCAAAUAAGCUUUCGAACUCUACAGUUUUCGACAAAGAGCAUGAGAGUGCCGUUGAUAGUGAGCAAAUAACAAAGUUGCUGGAGUUUAUAAAACUGGAAGUUGAAGCGCUGGAAAAAGCACAUUUGUCAGAAGCAGAAAACAAAAGGAGCGACGCAGAGCGUAAAAACACAAAAAUAGUUAACGGAACCGCUGUGGGCUUAUAUACCAGUACAAAUGUAGUUCGCAAGCCGUGUAUUUUUUGUAAACGAUCAAAUCACGACAUAAAAGAUUGCAAAGAAAACAUGGACAUCGAACAGCGAAAACAUAUAUUAAAGCGAGAAGGUAGGUGUUAUCGUUGCGCUAAGCCUAAUCACAGUUCGAAGUUUUGCAAAAAUCAAUGGCUGAAAUGCAACAACUGUAACGGCCGACAUAUAACGCCAUUGUGCGAAGCUAAAACUAAAAUAUAUGAAACUGCUAUUCCUCCGUUGGGAGAGCAUCAGACCUCCAGCAGUUCGGUCGCGGUGGUAAAUAGUACCUCCACUACAUUACAUUCGGCAGCGCGUCCGGAAAAUAAUGAUAUUUAUUUGCAAACCGCGAAAGCCAUUUUGUCAAGCGAAACUAAAAGAGUGCUUUCACGAAUAAUAAUGGACAAUGGCAGUCAAGGCACCUACGUGAGCGAAUCUUUGGCGAAUUACCUGAAACUAACACUGUCGGUUACGACAAAGCCCGCAUAUUUGCAUUCGGUGAAAAUAACCAGCGAAAGCAGUUAA